AUGUAUCCCCCGAGGAAACUUCGAUCAACAGUGAUACAGAUCGAACACCAGCAAUCAAUCCGUGAGAUCGAAUGGACUGAAUCCGCCACCACAGCACCACAUGGAAUGGAGCCCUGGGAAAUGGAAUUUCAGCUCUUGGGUGAGAUUGAGGAUCAAGUGGAAAACAGCCAGAGGAAUCUUCAGCUCAAGGUGGAAAAGCAAUCCCUUCGAUUUGCAGUGUUGGGUACAAACGCAGUUGGAAAAUACCAAAGGUUGGCUCACAGGGGGUGCGUCAGAGCAGCUGCUCGCCUGCUGGAAUCAGAUGGCAUAGAAGCCACAUGUGAUCUCUAUGGGGCCGCGACUAAUACCGAUACCCAAGAGAUGCUGGGUGUCCAGAAGUAUUACUUGUCUCAAAUCGUCCAGGCAGCAAUUGACUCCAAGCAUGACAAUAUUAUUAGUGGCGAUGGUGAGACAGACAAUCUGCCUGAAAUCAAAUCCAACGCCACCAACAAUACUCAUGCACCUGCGCACCAGAGCAAUAUGUUAUAUGAUGGAAUCAUGGUGUCAGCCAUUGUUCCUCCUCUCAUCGGCCCCAUGUUGGAUGAAGCAGUGGAGGCAGGGAUUGCUGUGGUGACCUAUGAGUCAGAUGCUCCAGACUCCAAAAGGGCUGCUUUCACUGGCACCAAUAACACUUUCAUGGGGAUGCAACUAGCCAGGGUACUCAAGCAACUACGACCUGAGGGGGGCUCUUUUGCUACCCUUUGGGCUCCAGCCGGGAAUGCAUUUAUUGAAAGAACAGAAGGGUUUCGAUUUGAAUUGCUCAAUAACAGUGAUCCUGAUGUUGCAUGGAUAGAAGUUCCCAACAGCCCAGCUCCUGUUACCAAAAUAAAAGAUGCCAUGGAACGACUGAAUGGCUGGGCCAACAAUACAGACAACCGUCCCACUGCAAUUGCAAUCCUUGUCAACCCAGUGUUUGGUGCACCUCAAUACGAAUCACUUGUUGAUCGAUACCGCCACCAGAACAUCACCUGGAUUGGUAUUGGCGACACUGAACGACAAAUGGAUCUUUUGGAUCGAAACUAUGUCCAUGGGCUUCUGGGCCAGCUGCCUUUUGACAUGGGCCUGACUUCUGUCGAGAACAUGAUGAAUGUCAUCCAGGGCAGGCCAAUUGAACACGAAUACAAACCUACCAAUGUGGUCUCACACAUUCAGAUACCAGUGGUCCUGCCAGAACUUGUCAUUGAUCACAACAGAGUGGGACAGUUGGCUAUCAUUGGACACAUCUUCUUUGCUUUCACUGGUCUGACUUCCUUGUUCAUGGGAUCCUGGGUUUGGUUCUUUCGGAAUACACGAGUUGUCAAAGCAUCCCAACCAACCUUCCUCCUUAUGGUUGCCAUCGGUGUCUUCAUAAUGAGCUCUGGGAUGGUUCCUUUGGGAUUGGAUGACAGUCAUGGAGACUCUGAAGCCCAUCGUGUUGCGAUUUGCAUGUCACCUCUGUGGCUUGUCUGCAUAGGAUUCUCCGUGGCAUUUGCUGCUCUCUUCAGUAAAACCCGCCGAGUCAACAAGAUCUUCAAAGCCGGAUCAGCAAUCACACGCAUCAAGAUCAAGACGCAUCAUGUCAUGUUGCAAUGUCUUGGCUUGUUAGCAGCCAACGUUCUUGUUUUGUCCCUCUGGACUGCAUUGGAUCCACUCACCUAUACCCGUGCAGAUGGUCCAGGAACAGAUGGGUGGAAUCGAGUUCUAUCCACAAGUGGGACAUGUCAAUCAAACCAACUUGCACCCUAUUUGGUUCCUUUGGUUUUGGUCAACUCGGUUUGUAUUGGCAUUGCCAAUUGGCAAGCCUAUGAAGCACGUUUUAUCCAGUCAGAAUUCUCAGAAGCCAAGUACAUUGGCAUUACAUGUGUUUCCAUGAUGCAAACGGGAUUGAUUGGGAUACCAAUUCUCAUUGUAGCCCAUGAUCACCCAGAAGCUCUUUACCUUGUCAUUGUCUGCAUGAUCUUUGUUGUGAGCAUGGCAAUUCUCUUGUUCAUUUUUGUUCCCAAAAUGGUCCUCAUGGAUAACUAUGCCAGGCACAGCACCCGCACUCAGGGUCGAAUGAUCCAACAAGUGAUUCGGGAGCAAGCCCAUCAAUCAGGUGCCCUUAGUAAGAAGAGGAAUCAGGAACCUUCCGGUGUUUCUAAUGUAUCUGGCCUGGACACAGCAGCUGAGACGGGCAUGGGCACAGGGAGCAGCCAUUCCCAUGAAAUUGAGACCAAUAGACGACUUGCAGUCUAUGAAAACAUGCCCCAGCCGACUAAUGAACAUGAUGUGGCCCCUGUAACAGAAUCCAGCAGCUUGAAUCGGUCCGAACAUCCAGCUUGGACGGACGAGGACGUGGGAAAGAUUGACUCUGGAAGGGGAUGA